ACUAAACGUCAAAGUUUUUCGACCUCGCUAAAUUUUUCAUUCUGUGAUAAAUUUCGUAGUUUUUAUGUUUUUUUCAUAAUUAUGCUAUGUGGCCUUAAAACCUGCGGAUCGUUUGAUUAAAUUACUAUUUUAGAAUGUGUAUUGUCUGUAGUGUUAAAGCAGUGGUGUUGUAUUAUCUUGUGCGAGUGCAUUAGUGUCAUUCAGAGAUCACGAUGCGUAUCGGUUUUGUGUUAUAUUGGUGCGUAUUGGCUUUUCAUUUGUGUAAAGCGGACGAUGUUGAGAGGACAGAGUCUAAAGAAGGUGGUAGAAGACAAUGGGGUCCUCUUAUGCGACCAGGAUCUAUGAGCGAUUCUCCGUCAACGGUUUCAAAUGAUCACAUAUUGCUGGAGGCGUGCCACAAUGACGCCUCGUGCCUGUCGGACCGCGCCGGCCUGGAGGCGAUCACGCAGCUGCACAGGCAGCUGGAUGACGACGCCAAUGGAAACGUGGACCUUAGCGAAAGCGACGAUUUCCUCCGCGAAGAGCUGCAAUACGACAGCGGGUACGAGAAGCGCCAGCGCGCCUUCCAUCACAACGACGACAUGCACAUAUCCGUCAAGGAGCUUUGGGAAGCGUGGUUACGCUCCGAGGUCCACAACUGGACGGUGGAGCAGACGGUGGAAUGGCUUUCGCAGUCAGUGGAUCUGCCGCAGUACAAAACGCUCUUCCUCCAACACAAAGUGACUGGAGCUACAUUGCCCAGGUUAGCCGUAAACAACAUGCAGUACCUAAGCAACGUCCUGGGCAUCAAGGACCCCAUUCACAAGCAGAAGUUGGCAUUAAAAGCAAUGGACGUUGUCCUCUUCGGGCCCCCCAAAGGCAGUAGAUGGAAGGACUGGCUUCUCGCAUCCCUACUCCUCGGCGCGUUGGUGGGCGGAUGGGCAGCGUUGCGUGCUGGUAGGGCCUCACGGGACCAGCUCAAGAGAAUGCUGAGGGACAUGGAGCAGCUGCGCAGGGCUGAGAUGGCGCUUGAUGACAUGCAGAAGGAACUUGAGAAGGCGAGGUUGGAACAGGAAAGCGCAACUACAGAGAAGAAGAAUCUAGAGAAGAGAUUAAGAGAAGCAGGCGAUACGCCGCUGUUAAACUCCGCGUCUUCCGACUUAGAAGUAUCACAACUUAAAGCUGAAAUUGAGAUGUUAAGGGCAGAGCUUCGCCGCGCGGAAGGCGAGCUGGAAGACAGGUGCUGGGCACCGCCGAGCGGGCUGCAGCAGUGGCUGCAACUUACCCACGAGGUCGAGAACCGCAAUUAUCUGCGCAAGAAGCAGCAGGCCGAGUUGCAGCUACAGAUCGCCAGAGAAGCGUGUGAGAAACUCCGCAAGAAACGCUCAAGCCUCGUGGGCGCAUUCGUGUCGACACACGGCAAGUCGAUCGACGACGUGGACCGAUCCAUCGUAGAGGCGCGCACGGCGCUCAACGAAGUCACGCAGGAAUUACAGGAGCGCAUGCACCGGUGGAAGCAGAUUGAGCGGCUGUGUGGGUUCAACAUCAUAAACAACAACGGACUGCAGUUCCUGGAGAGUGCGCUUUACAGGAAUGUCAACGGACGACCCGCAGGGAGAGUGCGCAUGAGCAGCUCGCAAGACGACUUGAGCAUUGGCGACGACGUUUCGAUCUGCGGGUCAGUGGCUGAUAAUUAUGGAUGGCGUGAAGAUUCAUCUGGCAGUGAAGCUGAUGCCCCACACUAUCCGCUGGACUUAAGACUGGCAGAGGCUAGAUUACAACUAGAAGAAAGACUAGCGCAGGAGGCGAGAGAGCGUACCGAGAAAAGGUACGACGACAAACGACUGUCGACGGAGGAGCUACGCAAACAUAACGACAUCCGCAAGAGCCCCAACGUCGAAGACCGCAGGAGGGAUCAGGUGCACUUUGUGCUUGGUGGGGACAAUGUAAACUGGACGGGCGAGGAGUUAACCCGCACCGCCCACUCGCAAUCGAACCCCCAGCUGCGCGCGUCGAUGCGCAGCGUGAGCGGCGCGCCCCUCCCUCCCCCGCGCCGCCCGCUGUCGUCCGGCGCCAUAGUGCGCUCGCGUUCGACGGACAUCGUGCCGGGGCACCCCGACGACCCGCGCCCGCCGCCUAGGAACCCUUUUGUCAAACAGAAGACUGUGCAUGAAGGUGACGGCACUCCGUCCAGCAAUACGCCUCCCGAAGAAGAGUCAACCGAUUCUUCUCUAGUAGAAGACGAAGGCCUGCCUAAACCGCGCAAGCGACGGAUCAAUCUGCCCUUCGGCAAGAAGGCCAAGACGCCGGCGUGACCACCGCUCCGGCACACGCCCGCGUGACUACGGCUCGGGGUCGCAUCACACCCGUACUGUCUUAACACAGGGCACUUUCGCAGAAUUUUUGUUUGGCAAAAAACUCUUAUGGCCUUUUUAAUCAGACUGUGAGACUUCCACAGUGAAAUAUUCGGUAAAAGCACAAGGCCGCGGUAAAAACCGAAAGUGAAUCGAAAUUGAUUUAAGUUUCACGCCAAGUGCCAUUUACGAGAAAAGAUUUUUAAUUACAACUGCAUACAUUUUAGAGAGUGACCAAUUCUGCCACUGGUAUAUUCUGGUCUUCCUACUCAUCGGUACGAAAGAAAAACUGUCCCGAUCUUCCACAGUUCGACCAAUACGUUGAUUGUUCUUGUCCCGAUUUGCCACACGUUUUAACCCAUCACUGGACUCUAAAAAAUAUAAUUUAAUUUCUUAGGUUUUCGCUGUUCUUACAUAUAGGAAAUACUAUUAUUUCGGAUCUAAAUCAGUCAGCCAUGACCAUGGAACCAGGGCCUGAAACGUUGAUUUGUUUGAAAAAACAAAUAUACUUACUGAGAAAUGGCUACCGGUACUAUCUCUAUUUUGACAACUUUACAGGAUGAAGAAAAUAAUUGUUUGCGUCAUUUAUAUAGCAUCUGGUUUAUU